AUGUCCCGUUCGUGUUGUUACAGCGCUGCUCCAUCACUACACGUGUCUGGGGUUGUAAACUUGUCAGACUCGGCAGGUCGGAUGACGGACAGCGCCGUGGACCAAUCACAGCGGGGGGGUCAAAUUAAGGCUCAAAGUGCAGAAGAAAAAAGAAAGAAAGAAAGAAAGAAAGAAAGAAAGAAGAAAUUAAAGCCGCAAGCGGCGUCGAACGGCCCUCGCCACACCGCGCGACACCCCGCACCACGCGCCUUGCCGCUCCGCUACAACUCCCCGUUCCGCUACGACUCCCCGCUCCGCUACGACUCCCCGCUCCGCUACGACUCCCCGCUCCGCUACGACUACCCGCUCCGCUACGACUCCCCACUCCGCUACGACUCCCUGCACCGCGCUCCGCUACGACUCCCCGCACUGCGCUCCGCUACGACUCCCCGCACUGCGCACCGCUACAACUCCCCGCACCGCUACGACUCCCCGCACCGCUACGACUCCCUGCACCGCGCGCCACUACGACUCCCCGCUCCGCUACGACUCCCUGCACCGCGCGCUUCUACGACUCUCCGUUCCGCUACGACUCCCCGCACCGCUACGACUCUCCGCAGCGCUACGACUCCCCGCAGCACUACGACUCCCCGCACCGCUACGAUUCCCCGUACCGCGCAACUCACUGCAACUCGCUGCAACCCGCAAUUCCCCUCCCCGUGA